AUGUCUACAAUCAAGGCCAUCGAGGCCCGCUCCGUCCAUCAAAUCCAGUCCGGCCAAGUCAUCGUUGACUUGUGUUCGGUGGUCAAGGAGCUGGUCGAAAACAGCUUGGAUGCAGGCGCGACAUCAAUAGAGGUCCGAUUCAAGAAUGAUGGUCUGGACUUGAUCGAGGUGCAAGACAAUGGAAGUGGGAUCGCACCUCAGAAUUACGAGAGCAUUGCUCUCAAACACUAUACCUCAAAGCUUUCCUCCUAUGACGACCUGACGUCCUUGACGACUUUCGGAUUCCGCGGCGAAGCGCUCUCCUCUCUAUGUGCUGUCUCGGAUUUCCACAUCGUCACCGCCCAGGCAGAUCAAGCGCCGAAAGCGAACAAGCUCGAAUUCGAAAGAUCUGGGAAAUUGAAAAAUAAGCAGAUUGUUGCGGGGCAGAGGGGCACGACCUCGUCCGCCGUGAACUUGUUUAGUACCCUACCCGUGCGACGAAGGGAGCUGGAGAAGAACAUCAAGCGCGAGUUGGGAAAAGUGGUCACCUUACUGAACGAAUAUGCCUGUAUUAGCACUGGGGUUCGUUUCAAUGUCAAGAACACAGACGCAAAACGAAAGACGAUUAUGCUGCUCUCAACAAAGGCCAACGCCACGAUGAAAGAGAACAUUGCUAAUGUCUACGGGGCAAAGACACUAUUGACGCUGAUUCCACUGGAGCUUGAUCUUGAGUUCGAACCGUCGGCAACUGGGAAACGAGUGGAUCGUGAAUUAAAUGAAAUUCGGGUUCGCGGUCAUGUAUCGCGCCCUGUUGUCGGCGAAGGACGAGGAACGCGCGAUCGCCAGAUGUACUAUGUCAACUCGCGCCCUUGUGGUAUUCCACAGAUUGCCAAGGCUUUCAACGAGGUCUACAAGUCAUACAAUCUUUCCCAGGCUCCAUUCGUGCUCGCUGAUUUUCAGAUGGACACAAACGCAUACGAUGUGAAUGUAUCCCCUGACAAGCGAACAAUUCUUUUGCAUGAUUCCGCAGCGCUGAUUGAAUCGUUGAAAAAUGCUCUCGACAAGCUGUUUCAGGAGGCAGAACAGACAGUUCCUCAAUCGCAAAUCGUGGGCACAAAACAACAAGCUGGUAUCCGACAGCAUUUCCAGGAAGCUCCGGCCCCGACUGCUCCAGAAACAGACAAAGAGGAACCGGAGCCAAUCCAAGCACCUAACAAAAGUCGUGCAGUCACAGGUCAAGAAGAAGGAACUCAUUUGGCUAUACGUGGCGACCAGGCUUCUAACGAUAAAAAUAUACAUAGUGCAAGCCAGCUUACAGAAGAAACUACGGCUUCUUCAGCUACCCAAGAAGCUACAGUCGCAAGCACUGACAAAGAUGCGUCUUCUGAAAUUUCAGAAGACAACGAAGAUGCCGAGGACGCAGUUAAGAGAAUAAGAGCAAAGGCGGCUGAGAAUCCUCAAACUGGUGAUACAAGACCACAGUGGAGCUCGUCAGAAAAACCAAACGUGGUCCAGAAUGCCUUUGAUCGCAUGCGGUCGACGCGACCUCCAACCGAAGUAGCCACGAUUACGGUUGGGGACAAAACGGUCACCUCUCUUGUUGGACGAAGUUCGAUCAAGAAGAGGGAUUCUUUGACCGCAGGGCAUAGUGAAGGGAAACGAAAGUCCAAACGUCGAAUCCACACGCCGUCCAAGCCUAACAUUUUCGGUCAAAAUCUCAAGUCUUUUGCUGCACCGGGGGCCCAUGACGAGCCCUCUGCAGAGGAAGAUGAAUAUUCAGAAGCCGAAGAAGGCAGUGGUGAGAUCGAGAACGAAGAAGAUGAAGAAGAGGAGCAGGAGGGAGAAGAGGGAGAGGAGGGAGAAGAAGGAGAAGGGGAGGAAGAUGUUGAGAUGCCAGACGCUUCAACAGUGGUGGUCAAUACCAAUGAAAUUCCUAACAAUCAAGACGAUAUUGGAAGUGUUAGCAGUGUUCAGUCCGUCGAAGAAGAGGAUGCUGAGCCGCAGAGCAAUGACGAUAAUCCUGAUGAAUCCGAUGAGCAUUACAUCAACGACACCGAGAAAAAAACCAAAGAGGAAGCAAAGGUUCAAGCUCUCAUCCAGAAAGCAGAAGAAAAAGGCGGCCAACACAAUGACAACCACGUGAAACGGGGGAAGUACAUUGAAAAAGACCAACAGAGCCAAAGAGAUUCGACGAAGCAGCUUGUUGCGAGGAUCAAUAGCUCAAUUUCCAGAAUUCAAACUCAAAUGGAAAAACUACAUGAAGGGCUUGGGUCAUAUGGCCAAUCUGGUAUUCCUGAGGAGGAAGAAUCCGUUCGGGACAAAACGGGUGAAGAACGUCUGUCGUUGACUGUAUCCAAAGAUGACUUUGCAAAAAUGCGUGUGGCCGGCCAGUUUAACCUAGGUUUCGUGUUGGCCACGCGAUCCCAUGAAGCCAACGAGCAAACCGGGUCUAACAGGGACGAGCUUUUCAUCAUCGAUCAACAUGCCUCUGACGAAAAGUAUAACUUUGAGAAACUGCAAGCCGAAACCGUGGUGCAGAGUCAGCGUCUUGUGCGCCCUAAAACUCUCGACCUCACUGCAGUUGAAGAGGAGAUUAUUAGAGAAAACCAGCCAGCUCUAGAGAAAAACGGCUUUGUCAUUGAAAUAGACGACAGUAGGGACGAACCCAUUGGUCGAAGAUGCAAGCUCAUUUCUCUUCCGUUGAGCAAGGAAGUCGUCUUCGACAUACGAGAUCUUGAAGAACUCAUUGUGCUAUUGUCUGAAGCACCAACGAGCAACGGCUCCAAAUCCGAUGUUUACGUUCCACGACCCAGCAAAGUUCGCAAGAUGUUUGCCAUGCGCGCAUGCCGGUCAAGUAUCAUGAUCGGCAAAACCCUGACCGUGAGGCAGAUGGAAAAAGUGGUUUGGAAUAUGGGCACAAUCGAUAAACCCUGGAAUUGCCCACACGGGCGUCCAACGAUGCGCCAUCUCAUGAGUUUGGGGUCGUGGAACGAGUAUGAUGAAUACAAAGACCGGGGAGACAUUGCUUCGAAUAGCACAUCAGACAGCCCUUGGAGCAGGUUUUACGAAUGGCGGACUCGGGAAGAAAAUGAAUAA